AAUAGGGUGCAGAUGCACCGUUCCAGGUUUCUAAACGCAUUCCAGAAGACAUCACGUGGGAUAGGGCUAUUGUUGAAGACUAUGUAUUAUAUUAUGGACUUUUCUAUAAAAGUACAUAAAGAUAUUCCUAAACGAUUUUAGCCAGAUUUUUGUGUUAUACCAACAAUUUUAGUCAUAUAAACUUAAUUACAAAACAAAACUCAUCCCAAAAUACAUUUCCUUAUAAAUGAUUUUUUUUUAAUAUGCAUGAUGUACCUAUUUAUUCAUCUGUUGAUUUAGGUAAUUUACAUUUGUACAACUCACUGUCACUACCUGGCUGAAAAGAGAUGUAUAAAAGACCAACAGUAAGGUUUUUUUUUUACAUACAGUUUGUUAAUAAAUGUAAGCCUAUUUUCCUUUAUUCACUGACAGAUACGAAAAAGUGUACAAUAUGGGGCUCAAUAAACAGAUAAGAUACAAUGAAAUUUUAACUCAAAUUGAGUCUGUAAUAGAAAAAAAUAGUGAAGGAUUUACGGAUAUAUGUUUAACACCUGCUAAGGCUGUAUUUAGUUUGGAAUGUGAGAUUUUGGAACAAUUAUUUAAGGCAUUGACACUAUUGCAAAAAUUGGAAUUUUUACCUCCACUGGCGUUAAUCCAUGGCGCUCAUACUAGAUUGGCAGCUUGGGAGAGCAAAAUGCAGUCCAGAGAGAUUUGGAAACUAGGCAUAUUUAAAAAUAGUCCAUUGCCGGCUUUGUUUCAGUGGUUUCAAAAAUUGAAAGGAGCUGUCUUAAGUAAAUUUAGUCUAUAUUUUCAUGAUAUUUUAGCACAGCAAACCACCCCAAGUGAUAUGAGACAAUUGUGUGCCAAAUUACACCAUGAUCACUACCAAAAGUAA